AUGAAAAUGGAACUUGAACUUGGUCUAGCCCCUCCAACCCAGAUAGGCUUCGACCUAAACAACGUGUUUCAACCAAAGGACAUGUUCAGAGAUAGAUGCGCUCUGGAAAUCAAAGACAAGGCGAAAAACAAGCCCAGUUUUGCAGAGGCAUUUGAGCAUGAUGGAGGAGCUGCCACUGACACUUUGCCUUUACUGCUGUGGAAUGGCCAACCAAACGAGGAAGAUGAUCAUCAAAAGAGACAAAAAAGGAGAAGAUCAAACACCAGCAUCAAGAGCGGUGCAGAAGAAGAUCAUCUGGUGGGGUGGCCAGCUAUUAAGUCAUGGAGGAGAAAUUUCUUCCACGGACAUGAAGAUUGUCAGCUCGUCGGCCACUGGAAGACUGAGAGAGGAAAUAGCAGAACAAAUACCACCAAUACCAUGUAUAUUAAGGUGAAGAUGGAAGGAAUGGCCAUAGGAAGGAAGAUCAAUCUAAGGCUUUAUCAUUCUUAUCAGACCCUUACAGACUCCUUGGUCAACAUGUUUAUUAAACGCCUAAAAAGUGACGUAGAUGGCGCCAAUUAUACACUGUUGUAUCAGGACAAAGAUGGAGACUGGCUGCUUGCUGGGGAUGUUCCAUGGCACGUGGAAGGAUUGUCUCUGGGGGGCGUUAAAAUGGUUAAAGCUCCAGGACUCCAGAUACAACAUGACACUCUUUUUGCCACCAGUGUAGUAGGGGUCUGUCGUGGAUCAGCAGAAAUACCUUGUGAUAUUUGA